AUGAUCACAGAAGCCAAAGCAGAGAAGCCCCUUGUGUAUGUGCCGAACAUCCCAGAGCCAACAACAAGAGAAGAGCUUGUGAAAUACUGGGUGAACUUCACACUGGAUGACAAAACUGCCAACAAGAUGCUGUGGAUUUCUGAAAAUGGGUCGAAGGUGUGUCGGCGGACUGAAGAGGUCUGCCCGGUUCUUGACAGGCCAGAGAGAUAUGAAUACUCUCCACAGGUUCUGUGCAAAGAGGGCAUCUGGAACACGAGAGCAUAUUGGGAGGUGGAGUACUCCGGCUGGGUCGUAGUUGGAGCCACGUACGAAGGAGCGUUAAGGAGAGCAGCUUGUGGGCAAAGUGGGCUGGGAGAAAAUGAAGAGUCAUGGGGUCUUUGCUGGUCGGGAACAUUGUACGAAGUGUGGUACAACAGUGCACACAAAGACAUAAAGGACAUGUCUCACUCCUCCACCGUUGGUGUCUACAUCGACCAGCCUGCAGGCAUCAUCAAUUUCUAUAUUGUGACUGGAGAGGGCGCUCAGAAGCAGGUCCAGCUGCUGCACCAGGUGAAGACCACUCUAGAGAAGAAGAUUCUACCUGGAUUCUGGAUGGGUAUUCAGUCCAUGUGCAAGUUGCUAAAGACAACUAAUUGA